AAAAUUCAUCGCUUGAUAAAACGCAUAAAGAUACGAAUCCUUUAUUUUCAUUAUAAUUCACAAUCAUUGAGUUUUUGGGUUAACCUCUGCAACCACAAAAUCAUGAGUUACUCAUUCCAAGAUGACUUUGAUAAAUCCCAACAAGAUGCAGAGAGUACUUUUAACAACUUUGCUGAACAGGUCAAUUCAACCAUGAAAUGGGGAUUAACAGAAUCCAUUGUCAUGGGGGUGGUGAUAACUGUAGCAAUUGUAGCCAUAGUUUAUGCCAUCAUUGACUGCCUGAAGAAAGCAGGAAGUGCAAUUCCUGAAUAUGCCAGGAUUUCUACCAGUGAUAAAAUAGAUAAAGCUUCAACUGAGCACGUGGCAAUAACAGUAACGGAGCCUGAAUUCCCAGUGAUUAGAGAUUCACAGGUUCAGUAUGCAACAAUGGAGAGAUUCCUUAGUAAUAUUGCAAGAGAGAAACCCAUCAGGUUUUCGCCUCAGCAGAUUCAAGAAUUCACCAGUAAUUGCUCCAACCUGUUGGGCUCAGGAGCUUAUGGAGUAGUCUUUAAAGGAGAGCUCCCAAAUGGAGUUCCUGUAGCUGUAAAAGUCCUCACCAACCAUUCCAAUAAUAAGAAAGUAGAAGAGCAGUUCAUGGCAGAAGUAGGCACCAUAGGAAGAACUUAUCAUGCCAAUCUGGUUAGACUCUAUGGCUUCUGCUUUGAUCCUUCUUUGAUGGCUCUUGUUUAUGAGUACAUGGAGAAUGGAUCUCUCAACAAGUUGUUGUUCAACGAAAUGAGAGAGAUUGAGUGGCAGAAGCUGCAUGAGAUUGCAAUAGGAACCGCAAAAGGUAUUGCCUAUUUGCACGAGGACUGCCAACAAAGGAUUAUUCACUACGAUAUAAAACCUGAAAACAUACUUCUUGAUAAUUCUUUGAAUCCCAAGGUUGCAGAUUUUGGGUUGGCAAAGUUAUGCAAUAGAGAGAGCAAUGAGGUAACAUUAAGUGGGGGUAGAGGAACGCUUGGAUACUCUGCCCCGGAGGUGUGGAAUCGGAGCCAUCCAGUGACACACAAGUGCGAUGUAUACAGUUUUGGAAUUCUGCUAUUUGAAAUUGUUGGAAGGAGAAGACAUUUUGAUGAUAAUCUCAAUGAGUCUCGUCAAUGGCUUCCAAAAUGGACAUGGGAUAUGUACAAGAAUAAUGAACUUGAAUUGAUGUUAUCUCUUUGUGGGAUUGAACAGAAGGAUAAAGAGAAGGCAGAGAGGAUGGUUGUUGUGGCUCUGCAAUGCAUUCAACAUUCACCUGAUGCAAGACCUCUGAUGAGUGAUGUGGUAAAGAUGCUGGAGGGAAGCAUGGAAGUAUUGCAACAGCCUCAAAAUCCAUUUGACUAUUUGGAAUCUAAUAGACUCAAUAUUGCUUUCUUCACUGGAAGUGAUGAAGACUCGAGCACACAGUCGUCUGCAUUGACAAGACAUAUUUCUGAGCCAGCUUAUCUCGUAACUAGGCAUGAAAUGGAAAUUGAGUUAGCUGCUACUUCUUAGUUUCAAUACAUAACCUUAUAUCUCUGUAUACAAGGAUAAAUUAUUACAUACAAUCAUUAUAUGUACAACACAAUAAUUAUAUUCUAAAAUUUCUAUACAAAAAUCAUAAAUUUAUUCA